GUCAGACUCGACGUCCCACGCCCGUACCGCGCAAGCUCCUGGCGAGCCCGAGGGAGCAGCAGUUUUAUCUCCCUAGGGUCGGUUGCUUCAGCCGUGAAACCUGGGCGCGAGCGCAAACGACAAUUGCUGCGCGAUUAUCGGGAUGCACCCAGCGGCGCGCCAGCCGGCCCCGUCCCGCAGCUUGCUCCGGUUCCUACGAUCACAGGCCGAACUGGCCUUCCAGAGGUCGCGACACUCCUAUGGCACGGUAGCGAGUAGCGCGCCUGUCUGUGGACAGGUGCGGCCGAGCAGCGGCACGAGCAGGCACAAGUCGAGGACUCGGGCGCUCACCUGCGGGAAGCCGCCUCUGGCCGCGGCGCGGUUCUCGCCCCUGAACAAAAUCCCGACAACCCAGGCGCCCUCGCAGCUCGGUUUCUGCACCACAACUUCAUCGAAAAAGUCGGCCGACCCGCAAGUGCCCAAGGUCGCGCGCGAGCCGACCUGGCAAGAAAGGCUUUGGGGCAGCGCAGCGAGGAAGGGCGCGAAACCCCUCAAGCCGGACGACCUCCCAUCACACGAAGACUUCGAGCAUGGGUCGUCCAUGUUCACCAGCCGGAGGAUGAUGGCGGCCAAGGCGGCGCUUGAACCCAGACUCCGGUGCACCGAAGUGGACGAGAACGGCAAAGUGAUUUUGGUCGAUGGCGAAUUCAAGAAGACGGAGCUGAUUGCAAAGUAUGGCCUGCUGCCCCGAGACUUGCGCAAGAUUGAUUCGUCGAAUCUGCCACACAUCCUCAUCCGACCCUCGGCGAUUCUCCUGAACUUGCUACAUCUCAAGGUCCUGAUCAAGCAUGACCGGGUGCUGCUCUUCGACGUCUACGGAUCGAAAACCUCGUACCCACAGUCUGCCUUCAUGUACGACCUGCAGGGCAAGUUGCAGCAAAAGCCGUCGCAGGGAUCCAACGGCCUACCCUACGAGUUUAGGGCCCUCGAGGCCGUCCUGACGUCGGUGACGUCCGAAAUGGAAGCCGACUUCGAAGCUGUGCGGGAGCCAGUCAUGCACAUUCUUAGCGAACUCGAAGACGAUAUCGACCGGGAAAAGCUGCGCAUCCUUCUCAUCUUAUCCAAGCGCGUGAGCACCUUUGAGCAAAAGGCGAAGCUUGUGCGGGACGCCCUGGAGGAGCUCCUCGAGGCGGACGAUGACUUGGCUGAGAUGUACCUGACCGAGAAGCAACAUGAUCUUCACAGAGGCUUGGACGAUCACACAGAAGUUGAAAUGCUACUGGAGUCGUACAACAAGCUCACAGACGAAAUCGUCCAGGAGGCCGGCAACCUGGUGUCGGGAAUUCGCAACACGGAGGAAAUCGUACGCGCCAUUCUUGAUGCCAACCGCAACGCCCUCAUGCUUCUGGACCUCAAAUUUAGCGUAGGAACCCUUGGGCUGGCCAUGGGCACGUUCCUCGCCGGCCUGUACGGCAUGAACCUGGAGAACUUCAUCGAGGAGACCAACUGGGGUUUUAGCGCGGUAACGGGUGUAUCGUCCAUCUUUUCUCUCAUUGUCUGUUGGUACGGCCUCGUCAAGCUGCGAAAGGUGCAGCGCAUCAAGAUGAUGAGCGGCGAGAGGCCGUCGAUGCCGCGGGGCAUGUCGUACCGCGAAGAUGGCGCCCUGGGCCUGUUGGACUCGCGCAACAAAGAGAUGCUCCGGCGGGCUCACCUGCAGCGGGCCAUGGCGGCGAAGAAGAGGUGGAUGCCAUUUUGGGGUUGA